UCGCCCUCCCACAGUCUUGCUGUUCGCUCCCUCAAAAAAUCAGAGAGAGAGAGAGAUGAAGAGAAGAAGAAAUUUCAACGUCUCUAUCUUCUUUCUGUUCUCUCUCACUCUCUUCUCUUUUUGUUCUUCUUCCUCUCUUGCAUUCCAAUCAGACGAACUUCUCCAAGACGACGAUGAAUUCGGUCUGGUAGGUGGGAAAUCUCCUGCCGAUCUCGAAGACAAGGGGCCGAUCCGAUCGUCUCCGAUCCGGAAGCGAUCUUCGUUUGACCCCGAAUCGUCCUCGUCCUCCGAUUCCAAGGUCCAUUUCUCCCUCGAUCAUGCCUUUGGAGACUCAGACGGCGCAGAUUUCUCCCCUGCUGGGACCUUCACCGCCCGCGUCAAGACCCUCAAUCACGGUGGACAGACUCUAACCAAGCUUCGAUUUUCAAGGGACACUUUCACAGAAACAGAAAAGGAGAAAUUUGAAAUGCUAUUGAAAGAUGAUGGUUUUUACAGGAUUAGGGUACCAUCUAAUGUACUGAAUCCUCCUGGGAAAGAUUAUGUUACCUCGUCAGUCAAAGCAAGGUGUCUUCCACGAGAGACUUUGGAUGAACAUUUUGUCAUUCACAUGGAAGGAGUGAACAUUUUGGCUGUUAAUUAUGGAUCUGCUGGAGCAUGCCAAUAUCCCAGGCCACUGAAACUCCCGACAAAAUGGUCUUUUAAUUCAUACACUGUCCUGAAGAACAGUGAGCAGGCACCAAGAACUCCAGCAUUCACUGAAGAACUGGGUGGGGAGAAUGGAGAUGGCGAAGGCACAAUGCCCCCGGAGAGAUCGUUCUGGUCUAAAUAUUGGAUGUACAUGAUCCCACUCGGGCUCAUUAUCAUGAAUGCUGUCACACAAGCGAUGAACAUGCCCGAGGAACAGGCUGCAGGUCAGGCAGGUUCCCAAGGGCAGCAGCCAAUAGCACAACGGCCACAAAAUGCAGCUGUGAGAAGGAGAUAGCAAGUUAGGUGCUCAAGUAAUUUCUCUCUCAAGGAAAGACUGGCUUUUAUGGAUUCCUGGCACGGCUCCAUUGCAAACUGAAAAUCAGCACACAUCUCUCACCGUUUAAAGAAGGGUUUACCAAAUGGCUUGUAACUGCAGUUGCAUGCCUGUAACCGUUGCUGGGCAUACUUUAGACAUAUUCACCAUUUUCAGAGGUGUUUUGUAAGUUAAAUGGUAAUUUAAUUUGGACAGAUGUUUUCCAGGGCAGAUUUUCCAUUUGGUUGUGAGGAAGAGGACAUUGAAUGCUUAGUUAUUUUCUGUUUGUCAUAAGACAAAUACCAGUUUCUGGCACACCUGGAAUCAGAAGAAGUCACAGCAUUUCUCUAGA